AUGUAUGCCGGACAAGUAGAGGAGAUGAGGGCAUCGACGUACAUUAGAGGAUGCUAUGCUGCCACGACGAGGAUCCACCCGGACGAGCACUCGUGUUCGGAACAGCCGCGGUACGGAAGGCCAUCAUUUGUCGAGCUCGCGGGGUGUCUCGGAACCUCGUUUGUGAUAUCGGCUGCUUACGCAGUUGUUUCUCUUAGUGGGCCAAGGCCAACCAUGUCUCUCCAGUCAUAUGCCAACAACGUGGCAUCGUAG